ACAAGUAUAUACAAUGAUUUUUGUAUCCAAAUUUGUGUUAUCAGUUUCUUUGUUACUAACUAUUAUUGUUGCUUUACAAUUCAAGGAUGGUGAAAGCAAUAUAUUUUACAGAGACAAAGUCACCGUUUAUAUUACCAACAACCUAACCAAUAAUGUUGAACUUGGUGUUUACUGUAAAGACAAAGAUCAUUACUUUGGGUUUGAACCACUACGUUUUGGAGAAACUUACGACUUCACUUUUAGACCUAACACCUUUAUAAGAACAACCUUAUACUUUUGUGGAUUUUCAUGGGGUAAACAAUUUCACCGCUUUGACAUUUAUGUAGAAAAUCGCGAUGGGGAUUGCCAACACUGUCUUUGGAAAAUAAAUGCAUCGCGGCCAUGUAAGAUUAAGAAGGAUUAUGGUGGUUCUAUACAAUGCUUUGAUUGGAAUAAUCGUAAUGUUGUUAGAGAAAAGAGGCAUAUUAGUGAAGGAAAUAAUACUUCGAAUGUGUAACCUAAUCUUUCCUACUUGAAAUUUAUGCAAAUUUAAGAGUAAAAAAACUAUGAAAUAAUCUAUAAUAUAUG